GAGCCAACCAGCCCUUGGAGCACAAGGGAGUGGCUUGGAGUGAGGCUGUAUAACGGGCAGGAUGGGAUGGUCCACCCUCAGCCUGGACACAGAGCAAGGCUCAGCCUGGUGGAUCCCAGCUCUGAGUGCACAGAUGCCUCCUCAGACGGGCUCCAGCGAGAAGGGGACGAGUCCCAUUCCGGCCUUCCCGCAGCUUUUCACUUGGGAAGAGGUCAGGAUGCACAACGGCCGUGGGGAGAGCCAGGAGCAGUGGCUGGUCAUCGACAGGAAGGUCUAUGAUGUCAGCAGGUUUUCCAAGAAGCACCCUGGAGGCAGCAGAGUUAUCAGCCACUAUGCUGGGCAAGAUGCCACGGAUGCCUUUGUAGCUUUUCACAACGAUAAGUCUCUGGUGAAAAAGUACUUGAGAUCUCUGCUGAUUGGGGACCUGGCACCAGAUCAACCCAGCUUUGAGUCCAAUAAAAAGAAAUCCCUCCUGGAAGAUUUUCGUGAGCUGCGCUGCACUGUUGAGAAGAUGGGACUUCUGAGGCCAAACUACUUCUUCUUCUUCCUGGUUUUCCUUCACAUCCUGGUACUGGAUGCUGCAUCCUGGCUCGUGAUCUGGUACUUUGGCAUCUCCUUAGUGCCUUUUCUGGCUGGCAUGGCAUUCUUCACUGUUGCUCAGAUCCAGAUGGGCUGGUUCCAGCAUGAUCUGGGGCACUGCUCUGUCUUCAGGAAGCCCAGAUGGAAUCGGGUGCUGCAGAUGGUGGUGAUAAAUGUUCUGAAGGGCUUAUCUGCCAGCUGGUGGAACCACCUGCACAACCAGCACCACGCCAAACCCAACUGCUUCCGUAAAGACCCUGACCUCAACAUGCACCCCCUCCUCUUCAGCCUGGGAAAGACACUUUCUGUGGAGCUUGGAAAGAAGAAGAAGAAGUUCAUGCCUUACAAUUACCAGCAUAAGUAUUUCUUCUUGUUGGCCCCACUUGCACUCAUCCCCUUCUUCCAGCUGACUAUAUUCCACUUUACAAUCAAGAGGAAAAAGUGGUUGGACCUGAUAUUGAUUGUGUCUUUCACCAUCCGAGUUUCCCUCAUGUAUAUUCCUUUAAUGGGAUUUAAGAACUUCAUGAUAUACUAUUGGCUGUCCAGGUACUUUGAGAGCACCUGGUUUAUUUGGGUGUCACAGAUGAACCACAUUCCAAUGGACAUUGAUUAUGAUCAGAACAAAGACUGGGUGUCUACUCAGCUCCAUGCAACCUGCAACGUGAAGCAAUCUUUGUUCAAUGACUGGUUCACUGGGCACUUGAACUUCCAAAUUGAGCAUCACCUGUUCCCCACAAUGCCUCGACACAACUACUGGAAAGUAGCUCCUCUAGUGAAAAGCCUUUGUGAUAAGCAUGGCAUUGAAUAUAAAACCAAGACUUUACUGACAGCCUUUGUAGAUAUUUUGCAUUCCCUGAAGGAUUCUGGGGAGCACUGGCUUGAAGCAUAUCUGCAUGGAUAAAAACUGGCAACUCUCAAAGGGAACCUCUUCACCACACAACUGCUGCCAGACCAUCCAUGUGUGUGUCUUCAGGCAUAAAAACUCAGGAGCUGGGUAAAGCUAAUUUCAGUAAGAAUCAAGUGGGAAAGUGGCUUAAAGAUACAUUUUUUUUUUCUUGAUCUCAACCAUGAACCUCUAUUUUUUUCUGCUCUCAAUCUCAGAAUUUAGAGGUGGGCUUUUAAACUGGGGAGAAUUUGAAUCAACUUGAUGAGUUGAACUUCAUUGGAGGCACCAGCUCAUUGCUUAUGGAAGAAGUUUAAACUGAAAUUCUUUAUAAUGUCAGAGAAUCAUGGAAUGGUUUGGAUUGGAAGGAACCUUAAAGAUCAUCUUGUUCCACGGGCAGGGACA